AGGGAAUACCCUCUGUGCCUUGGGGGGAGUCUCCUUUAAAAAGCCUUACCGCGUCACUGGGAUGCGGUCGGCGGAGCCGGUCACCUCGCCUACCAUCCCUGCCUGCAUGCCCACCGCCGAGAGGGACCACUUGCCAUUUUCUCCACACAUCAAAGAUGACAGCAUCAUUGAACCUAACCAAUUCAACGCCACAGCAACAGCGUUUCUUGGUGUUGUUCGACUUUGAUGAGACCAUCAUCAAUGAGAACAGUGAUGACGCUGUGGUGCGUGCUCUACCAGCCAAACAGCUUCCUGACUGGCUGAAAAACAGUUACAGGGAGGGGCACUACAACGAACACAUGCAGAAGGUCUUGGCUUACAUGGCAGAGCAGGGCGUGUCUGGGGACUCCAUCCGUUCAGCGGUGGAGAAGAUCCCACCCACACCUGGCCUCCUGAACCUCCUCCAGUAUCUGCAGAGCCACCAGCAGGACUUUGAGCUGGCGGUUGUCUCCGACGCGAACAUGUACUUCAUUGAGACGUGGCUGGAGCGUGCUGGGGUACGCCACCUUUUCCGGAAAAUCUUUACAAACCCGGCCAGUUUUGAUGCAACUGGCCGGCUUGUGCUGCUCCCUUUCCACUCGCACUCGUGCUCCCAUUGUCCUGACAACAUGUGCAAGCAGGUGAUCCUUCGGGAGUAUCUGGCGGGCCGGCGAAAGGAGCGUGGAGGUGCUCCCUUCCAGAAGGUAUUCUAUAUCGGAGAUGGGGCCAAUGAUAUCUGUCCUUCUCUGGCCCUGGGGCCCCGGGACACAGCCUUCCCGAGGAGGGACUUCCCCAUGCAGAGGCUGCUGCUGGAGAUGCAAGAGUCCCAGGCAGCCAAGUUCAAGGCAAACAUAGUUCCUUGGGUCAGUGGCGAGGACAUAGUGGACUGCCUGAAGAAAAUAAUGGAGGAGAGAUGAGGUGUGUGUGUGUGUGUGUGUGUGUGUGUGUGGUGAGUGGCAGAGUGAGAGAAAGACGGGGGCAAAUAUAGCGAAGUUGCACCAACCCCAUUCCUGGUGAGCUGCACGAUAUGCAUGAUUUUACCCCAGCCACACUGUUUUUAGAUAGAUCGAUAGAGACUCGUCAACAUAUAUGGACACACAACACCAGCAAACAGAAAACAUUAAACAGUGCACAGAAAUACAAUAGACAUAUUACAAACGUAGAAAUACAGAAAUUCACACCGUGA